CAUUAGAAUUUGUUCAUUCGAAGGGAGGGAUUUACGAAAGUAGUCGUUACCGUGAAGGUUUCGUGAUGAUGGCUGAUAAGAAGGAAAUAUACAGAUCCAUUGCCCGUUUCUUCGACAACGAAAUAAAUUCCCAUGUCUACUCUUCGGAGAUAAAUGAGGGUCUUGAAGUUGCGAAGCAGUGUAUAGAAACAGCUUUUCAUAUAUCUGAUACUGAAGUCGGUGAUGUUCCCGAUUUACAAACAUUAUUUAAAUCCCAGUCUCAAAAAAAACCUAAUAUUCCAAGAAGUGAACCUUCAGAAGAAACCAAAUCAAUGGCAGAAGCACUAAAAAAUCAAGGUAUGACCAUUCUUUUUUGUUAAGCUGCACCUGCAGGCAACCAAUGCAUGAAACAGGAGAAGUUUGGGGAAGCUGUAGCCUGCUACAGUAAAGCUAUUGAGCUGUCCCCGUACAAUGCCGUAUUUUAUUGCAACAGAGCUGCCGCCCACUCUCGAUUAGACCAUCACCAAGAUGCAAUUAAUGACUGCCUAAAGGCUUUAGAAAUUGACCCAUAUUACAGCAAAGCAUAUGGUAGAAUGGGUAUCGCCUAUUCUAGCAUUGGUAAUCAUGCUAAAGCUGUUGAGUGUUAUCGGAAAGGCUUAGAGCUUGACCCAAAUAACGAGAAUUGUCAGCAAAAUCUAUCAAUUGCCGAAGAAAAGUUGAAGAAUUCAUCAGAUAAUACUCAGAGUUCAGGAUUAUUCAGUGGUUUUGACUUAAAUUCCUUUUUAAAUAAUCCAAUGAUGCAGAAUAUGGCCCGACAAUUCAUGAAUGACCCGAAUGCUCAAAAUAUGAUGACUAAUCUACUACGCAAUACAUUUGGAGUAUCUGACAAUCCAACUACAGAUAGUUCAGCCCGUAAUACUGAGACCGAUAAUUCCAACGAAUCAGCAGAAUCUAAUUCACAAAGUCAUAAUCCUAGUGGUACUGAUCCUAGUACUAAUGGCCAAAGUAUGGAUGAAUUUUUACGCCUUGGUCAACAACUUGCUCAACAAUUGCAAGCAUCCAAUCCACAACUUGUUAAUCACUUACGUCAAACAUUUCAUACCAAUGUUAAUGGACAAAGUUCAAAUCCGGAAAACAAUACUGAUUCCAGUGAUCAUAACAAUACAAAUUCUAAAUAAUACUUGGCAUUUUAAAUGAUAACCGGUGUCUUGUUUUGCUAACGUGUAUUAUGGCAAGAUUCAGUUGUAAUUUUUCUAAAUUUGAUUUUGGAUAUGAUAUUCCUUCUUUUUGUUUCUUUUUUAGUAAACAAAAUAGGGGUGAUUGUGCUAACUAUUUAUUGUUUUUCCCUAUUUCUUUCUGAUGAAAAUCAUAUUGUGCACGCUAUAUUGUUUUAGACUUUGUUCUUGUCUUCUCUGUUUACUUUUGUUAUUAGUUGUAAUCGCAGUAAUUUUACGUAUGAACUAACGAAUAAAAGUUGUUGCGAAUCAUCAAGAGUGGUAUAUUAUAUUUAAUAUGAUAUUUAUAGAAAAGGUUUCUUCUUAAUUGCGUGUACAAUGUGUAAUAAUCAAUAAAACUAAUUCGCAU